CGUGGCACAGCGGCUCGGCCGCACCACCCCCUCCCGACUCGAAAGACUGCGCGCCGAGACUUCGCGUCAACACUGCGCGCGCGUCGCCAUGGACUAGAGGCCGAGGCCGGCACCCGAGACCGUGCACCUCGCCGUCGCGUCGGCAGACCCUCCCCCCUCCCCGCCUGUCCCUGGUCCCGUCCCUGGACCAUGCGCGGCCAGGGGCGGGCGGCGCGCGGCACCGAGGCCUGGGGCAGCGAGGUGGGGUGAGGCGGGGUGGCGGGGGAACAGGGGCUCCCUGAAGAACACCUGAACGCCUCGGGACUCACCAGGAUACAGCACGACGACAACACAGAUGACGGGCCCACCCGGCGGCUGAUGUAGCUGCGGACCCCCGCCCAAGCUCCGCCCAAGCUCCGCCCAAGCUCCGCCUCGCCCGCUCUCUCAGGUCGCGCCCAGCCCGGCCAUGGAGUGGUUCGACCACCUGGACGACCUGGUGCUGCCCGGCGCCACGGCGGCCCCGGACCUGCUCACCGCCGUGUUCAACGACAGCGCCGUCUUCAACGCGACGGACGACCCGUUCCUGGCGGCGGUCGGCUGCCCCGAGCCGGAGCACGUCCGCUACCGCAGCUACCUGUUCGACGUGGACCUGGCGGUGGCCGAGUGGGAGGCCGUGCUCACGGCCGUCACCCUCCUCUCCAUCAUCGUCGUGACGAUCGUCGGCAACGUCCUGGUCAUCCUGAGCGUCUUCAGCUACACGCCGCUGCGCAUCGUGCAGAACUUCUUCAUCGUGUCGCUGGCCGUGGCCGACCUGACGGUCGCCAUCCUGGUGCUGCCGCUGAACGUGGUGUACGCCAUCACGGGCCAGUGGGUGUUCCCCAUGUGGGUGUGCAAGCUGUGGCUGACGUGCGACGUGCUGUGCUGCACCGCGUCCAUCCUCAACCUGUGCGCCAUCGCGCUGGACCGCUACUGGGCCAUCACCGACCCCAUCAACUACGCGCAGAAGCGCACGCUGCGCCGCGUGCUGCUCAUGAUCGCCUUCGUGUGGGGGCUCUCGCUCAUCAUCUGCUCGCCGCCGCUCGCCGGCUGGAACGACUGGCCCGACGUGUUCGAGCCCGACACGCCCUGCCAGCUCACCAGCCAGCGCGGCUACGUGGUGUACUCGUCGCUCGGCUCCUUCUACAUCCCGCUCGUCAUCAUGAGCGGCGUGUACGCGCGCAUCUUCGUGGCGACGCGGCGCCGGCUGCGGGACCGCGCGCGCGCCUCCAAGCUCAACGCCGUGCGGCAGACCGUGGCCUCGGCCAGCGACAACCACCACCACCACAACCACCACCACGCCAGCGGCCACCACCAGGGCGGCCAGCAGGGCGGUGGCGGCGGCGGCGGCCAGAUCGACCAGGAGUCCGUCAGCUCCGAGACCAACCACAACGAGCACAGCGGCAGCUUCCGCCGGGACACCAAGAAGCGCAGGAAGAAGGGCAAGAAGAAGUUCUGGAAGGACGGCGGCGGGGUCCACGCCAACCAGCUGCUCGUGCCGAGCGCCCACCCGCCGGGCGCGGCCCUGGCCCCGACCCCGGCCGGCGCCGAGCAGGACUCGUGCGCCACCAACACGACGGGCAGCCAGACACGGGACUCCAGUCAGCGCGAGGCGGCCCCGGCCUCGGCCCCGGCCUCGGCCCCGGCCUCGGGCCCGGCUGACGGCGAGGCGCCGUGCGUCGUGCUCAUCCCCACGCCCGCUCCCGCACCCGUCACCAAGAGACCGACACAAGUUUUCCAGUUUAUUGAGGAGAAGCAGCGCAUCUCGCUGUCGAAGGAGCGGCGAGCAGCCCGCACCCUGGGCAUCAUCAUGGGAGUCUUUGUCUUCUGCUGGCUCCCCUUCUUCCUCAUGUACGUCAUCCUGCCCUUCUGCGCUUCGUGCUGCCCCACGGACAAGUUCAUCAACUUCAUCACCUGGCUGGGCUACAUCAACUCAGCCCUCAAUCCUAUUAUUUACACCAUCUUUAACCUUGACUUCCGGCGUGCCUUCAAGAAGCUCGUCAACCGCUGCUUCCCGAGCUGCUUUAUGAUGUGAUGAUGAUACGUUACUUCGUAUAUGUGAGAGAACAGAAACUUUAGAAAAAAGAUACGAACAUUAUUUCUCGCUCCUCGUGUGAACGUCCAAAGUGAUACGCCGCAUCGUUUUGCUAUUUUUAAGAGGGUAGUGACCAACUAGAGGGGCGGUUUUGCGUGCACCGCCCCUGUAGGACUCGUCACGGUGUUCUCUAAUAAGUAGUUUCCGCCCUGUAAUUUUGCUUCGUCGAUCGAAACGUCGAAGGCCUAUUUCCCACAUUAUUUUUAUAGUAUUAUGAAAGGUUUGAAUUUUUGUUUACACCGCAUAAUUGUAGUACAAAUGGCCCCAUGAAGCCAUUUAUGCUACUCGUAUUAUUGUCGUUGGUCUAUCAUACAUUUAUCUACGGCCCCCUAUACUGCCUAGAUAAGUCAUAUUUCCAUUUAUCACGAUUUUCAUAUUCAGGUUUAAUAUUGAACAUUCAAGUUUUGUGAGGAGAGUCCAAGAGCGUAAAAUUUACAUGCCACCUACUGUACAAAAUAGUGUUAAAAAUCUGUUAGACGUACUGAAUUAUGCCAUGUAAAACUUCCCAGCCAGCAAUUGGAUAUCAAGUUAAUGUCAAAAUGAUGUCAAUGUGACGGGCACGAAACGGUUUGACUAAUCAAAGUAACUAUUCGAAUUUAAUGUAAUAUUCGGAGAUAAAAUCCCCAAGCAACAUCAAUGCUCUAGGCCUAGAUUACACGUGGCUCCAUUUUAUUGUGAUGGUCAAGUCAACUGUCGUUGAGAACCUUGCCUAUUUAUUUAAAGCUGUUGGAGGAUACAUAAUGUAUAUAAUGUACGACGUAUAAUACGACGUAUAAUGUACGUAUCAUACGACGCGUUUCAUGUUCCAAUCUCGAGAAAUUGUGAGAAAUGUCGCCAUUAAUUAUCACUAUACCCGUCCACUAUGUCGACAUAAACGCCCUUUUCCGUGCUUCGAUAGCUUAUAUACGUCUACUGGAGUUACCAUUUGCUGGCUGGUUUUGUUCUCAUAUGCGCAAAUAAUUUUAUAUCAAAAAAUCUUCCAUUUUGUACGGACAGAGAAUUUUUGGAUGAAAUGCCUGAUAGAUUUGGCAACGAUUCGUUCGUAUUAGUGUCUCCGAAAUCGAUAAAACCAUAUCAUGUCGAUGCUCAACAUGAAGUAGACAAAUUAUCUAAAGAAUUGAUUACAAAUUUUCUGGCUCGUCUAAACGCUUAUUAUAUUUAUUACUUUGAUAUGUUACAUGUAUUUUUAGAUGAGAUCCCCCAGUUCAGGAUACAAUGUAAAUUAUUCGGUUUCAAAGAAAAGUCAGUCCAAUCGGAUAUUGUGCCAAUUCGCACUUUGCAGAAAAACAAAAUAUUUUAAAGAAGUAGCUCAUUGAUGAAUCCUUGCCGAUUACUUUGAUAUAAAAUGAGUAUGGAAUGAGUGUUAAUGAGUAUUGUGGUGUGUGGUCUGUUGUUAAAAAUAUUCUGAGGCUAAACUGCAUCCUAUUCGGAAGUAUAGAAGUUUGUUCACGGAGAUCUGUGAACCUAAGAACUUGCUCAACUUCCACGCUAGUAAAAUAAAGUACAAAGCAUUUCCCAUGCGGGAGCAUGGAUGAUAUUUGUGAUAAUGUGUGUUAUUGCUUGAUGAACUGAUUCUAGUCAGAACAAGGCUAGUCUACGUGCCUCUUUUUGGGAAAGACGACGGUUGAAUACUCGGCGGAAAACGGUCUCCACAGCGUUACGCUUUUCAAAUGUUUUUAAAAAAUAGAUGAUUCACGUACCGUUAUAACUUUACUAAAUUCAACCUCAAUGCAGUGUACAGAAAAACGGGAAUCUGUCACCACAUCUACAUUGUUUUUGUAAUACCCAGUGAGAAAUGACAAGUCGAAUCGACGUCGAAACGACAUCGAAACGAUGGAAAACUGGUCGAAUCGACGUCGGAACGACAUCGUUUCGACAUGCAUUUCUCACUGGGUGACGAAAACUAAUUCGUUGCAAGAUCAAAGCAUUUGCUGUUUGUCACAAGUAAUACCUAGACAUUAAACUGUUCGUUCGAAUUUACUAAAUGACAUUUUGUACUCGAAAAACGUAAACGCGCUCGUUACUCCUAGCUAUGUGGACAUUGUGACAACAUAAUUUCAUUUUGCUCCACAAAUAAUUUGCACUUGUAACACAUUGUGUCUUUGUAAUGAUUAUUUUCACAAAUGUUUACUUAUGGAAACUGUUUUUUUCUGAGUGCUCAUUCAGUUUUCUUCAGAGAGCUGUGCAGGUCGUCUUUCCGCCAUAGUGUGUGUCACUAUGAAACCCGAGUCAUCUCUCACCGUUUUAAUUUUGAGUUUCGUGUAGAUGAGAGGAAUAAAUGUGAUAACUGCCUGGUGCAGCCCACUUA